AUGUCGCUCGUGAAUGCAGCGCCGCCCCCGCCCGCGGUGGUCGCGCCUGCCGACACGUUUCGUGCGCUCGUGAAGCGCGCGAUGCGUCCGCGGCAGCAGCGCAUCUUGUUCCUGUGCAUGAUCGCGGCGUUCCUGGGCCUCGCGCUCAGCACGCCGAUCCUGACGUGGCAGCGUCCGUGCAGCGCGCUCGCAGCGUCGCUCGCUCUCGUGGCGUGCGUCAUGCUGCCUGUACUGCUGUGGCGCCGAACGAGUCUCUUGCAUAGCACAUGGCGCCCGGAGGGCGCGCCCGUCGCGCGCGCGGCCUAUGCAUACCACGUCCUGCCUGGCACACCCGUCCGUUGGCACGCCGGCGUGGGCGCCGUCGCCGUCGUUGUGUACGCCGCGCUGUCGACGCCGUCGCUCGCGGUGAUGCAAUGGGUGCCCGCGCACGGCGCGCACUACGUGAAUGAGACCUUUGUCGUGGCGCUCGUCGGAGGCACGAUGAUGAGCGGCGCCUACGCCGUAGCGUCCGCCCUAUGGAUGCGCGGCGCUCGGCGCGGCGUGCCGCCGUACCAAGUGCGCUUCGCCGACGCGCGGCUGUACGAACACGCGAUCGCGGCUCUCGCUACGCAUGUGCCCCCGGCGGUGUUCCUCGCGGCGGCUCUUUGGCCGCUGUGCAUCGCCGUGUACUGUCUGUCGCGAGACACGCUAUGGACGAUGGUCCUGCACAUGACCGGCAUCGACACGCCACUGCGGCGGUGGAUCGUGCCGUCGUUCCGCUGGCCAUUCCGGUCAUGGCACCUGCUCCUCUCGACGUGGCCGGCGGUCGUCCUGCCUGUGGCCCUCUUGGAAGUGGCACACACCCUCUUUGACGUGUACUGGACGCAUCCGCUCGACUCGAUCACCGCGUCGUACAAGGACCCACUGACCGCGCUCCUCGGCGGCCUGCACGAUCCGCACCUGUUCUUCUCGACACACGCGCUCAUGGAGCUCGCGCGCCGCGCACGCCACGAUGCAGCGUUCCGACGCGCCGUGUUUGAUGACGUACAGCACGGCCGACCCCCUGCGCUGGCCAGCAUGAUCCACGCGUGCCUUCGUGCGCUCGACGCUGUGGCGCCGCCGCCUGCACCGCCGCCCGCUCCGACGCCCGCUCCGACGCCCGCUCCGACGGCAGCGCCUCCGAACGACAAGCGUCCCGCACCGCGUCCUACGCCCGCGGCUCUCCUCCGCACCAUGCUCCGUCACGCGUGGUCGCUCCUCCCUCCCGAGGCCCGACACGUCCUCUUCCCACGCACGCUGUACUGCGCCUUGUGGGCGCCGGCGCCCAGCUUGGCGCUGGACGCCCGCCUGGCCUCGAGUGUGCCACGUGCUUUUUGGGCCGCGGCAGCGAUCGAGGCUUGGAUGCUCGCUUCGCUGACGCAAGAUACCUAUGGCGUGGCGCAGCACCACACAGCCGCGGUCGUCGAUGCCCUAGCGCGCGCACACGCGCGCCUCGAGCGCGUGCGCACGGACGUGGAGCGCCUCGCUAUCGAGGCGGACAGCGAGCACGUACGUGACGUGGCCGCCUGGCGCGGCGCGCUGGCCGAUACGGGCGCGGCGGCCGCGUUCGGCCCAUCGAGCGCGCCGUUCUUCACCGAGAUGCAGGCGUCAUGGCAGGCGUACGCGCCAGCGGAUGCGGCACUGAGUCGCGCGCUGCGUCGGAUCGUCGAGUCGUUUCCUACAUAG